GCGAGACAUUUCAGUUCUUCGACGACUGUUGGCCGUGUUGGUAAGAAGAUACGGAAGAUAUAUAACGGUGUAGUUGCUUUACAACGAAAUUGAAGCGUUUUAGUGCUCAAACAAUAAAAAUAAGAAACGCUCUAUACUUUGAACGCUGUCUUGUGCGCGUGUGUGGCUGUCAGAAUUCAUUAUAAAAUGUAAGAAAUCCAAUUGGUGAAAAGACUUUUGCAAAGAAGUUUUGAAAUAGUUAAAAAAAUUAUAUACUUACUGUGAAGAGCGUGAAAAAUUCUUAUUUGAUAAAGUUAAAUCGAAAUGAGUUAAUAAAUAAAUAAUUCGUGUGUUAAAAUUAAUUUUUUUAGAGAUAUUAAAAAAAAUAAUAGUGAAAAUCUUUAACCACAAUAAAAAUUUUAAGAGAUUAUUGUUAAAAAAUAUUAAAUAUUUUCAACACACCAAUGCAACCGCUCACUUGUGUGCAAGCAUUUUUUUUUUAAUAUUUUUGAUUUAAUUAAAACAAAAUGAUGAAAUAAAACAAAAAUCCAAACAACUAAACAGAUUUGUGAAUGUCAAACAGACGCAAAUGUAAAAUACAAAGCUUGAGCCAAAAACAAUAACAAAGACAUAAAAUGUUUGCCUGAAAAAAUUAAAAAAUAAAAAUAAAUAAAUAAACGAGCAUUCAAACGAGUUUCCUUUUAAGUGACUACUGACUGUCUUUGACGUGCACGCUGCCCCUUUGUACAGGCAUACAUGCAUACGUACUUACAUACCUACAUGAGUGCAAUUAUAUAUAAAAAACUACAAAAGCAACAGCAACAAACAUAAACCACUUUUUUAUGUUUACAACUGUCCUGCUGCAUUUCCUUCUUUUACCUUCAACCGCCGUCGAGACACAGCGUUGAGAAGUUGGGAAGGUGGUGGUGGUGGUGCUGGUUGAUGCUGCCUCUUCUUUUUCUCCAACUGCCACCUCUCAAAACAUUAUUGCAGCUGCAUUGCGCUCCGUCUGUCUGUGUGUUCACUGUACGAAUUUUGCACGUUUCUGUCUUUGUUUCGCGUUUAUUUGGUUAAUUAUUGGCCAUAAAAAUCGUUAAACACACACAAGCACAAGCAUAUGUGUGUAUAUGCCACGACUGUUACAACUACAAUAAUAAAAAUAGCAAAAUAAAAGUUUGAAAAAAAAAGAAACGCUUUAAAAGUGGUAAAGUCAACCUGCAACGAAACAAAAAUACCAAUAAAAGUGCCACAAACAACAACAACAACAACAACACCAACACAACAAAAAGUGCAACUAGCAAAUUGUCGGGCAUUUAAAGUGCGAACGAGAAAAAAGUACACGGAAAAAAGCCGUUACGUGAAAAAUUCUAGAAAUUCAGCAGUGAAAAAGAACAAAAAAAUUACAGCAAAAGCGCUUAGAAAAAAAAAACGACAAGCAAAUUAAAUAACAAAGUUUCGGACGACGCAAUUGCACUCGUUAAGCUUGUGCAGCGUCGCAUUGACAGUGGGCGUGGGUUUGUGCGCAAUUCGUUGUGGUUUUACGAAAUUCGAAGAGAAAUUCAUAUAUUUUGUUAAAUACAACAACUAUACGAAUUUUGGAAACCAAUUUUUUUGUUGUUAAAAUUUAUUUUCUCCUUGAGACCAGUUGCAACACAUAAAGCGAGCAGCAGGAGGGCAGAGUGAACGAGAUAAAAGCGUUUUAAAGAAAAAGGAAAUCCUAUUUCAUCAGGACAAUCACAUCUCAGCGCUAACCACGUCGAAAAUUUACGAACUGAGUCUUUAACUGCUUGUUUAUCCGCUUUCUUAAAAAAUCCAGCCCCAAGAAACUACCUUUCCUUCCCUCAUCUAAAAAUUGCACUCCGUCAACAGCCACCGUCGUGAGCAGUUAUAUUGCAGAAAAAAUGGCUUGUACUUUAUGGGAGCAUCGCUGGAAGCAGAGUGUUGAAUUUCAAAGAGAAAAUUUUACACCAACUCUCAAUAUGUAAGCUGCGUCAAAAUCCUCUCAAACUCCACUCCGUUAAAAUCUUAUACUACUACUUGUUCAAAUUCUGGUCAAAUAACGAAACAGUUUAAAAAAUUUCAAAUUUAUUCAAAACUCUAGUACAGACUCACAACCGACACACACUCUGCUGCCCAAUAGCGGCCAUUGGCAUGUUUGGCUUAUUGGGCUCCUCGCAAAUCUAUGGACUACAGCAAGUACAUGACUACGGCAAUAACAUUCGAGCCAACAGCGAAAGCGACAUAAAUAACAAAUCGAUAAAUGUCAGCAACACAGAGAACACAAAUAAUACACAUAAUCAUAAACAACGUCGCUCCACAGCCAGUCACACGGAGAGUGGUAGUAAAUUCUUUGCCUCAUUGAGUUCCAUGCAACAAGGCAUUAAAUCGCCAACAAAUUUCAUUGAAAAAUUCAUAAAAAACGAAUUGCUCAGCGGCUACGAUAGCAUUAAGAAUUAUACGAACUUUCAAAACUCCACCAACUCAAGUGUUUCGAAUAGCACUUUCUUCAUCAGCGAAAACGCCACCGAGCACAACUCGACACCUGGUUGUGGUGGUGGUGGUGGUGGUAGUAUUGGCGGCAACAACGGGAACAGCAUUAGCGCCGCCGAAGGUCUGUUAACUAGUUUCAAUUGCCUGCAGGGCAGCUAUCGCAGCAAUUGUGAUGGUGAAUUCUAUGAACCGGUGAAUGUUAGUGCACAGCGCAAACGAGCAGCAGCGGCAACAACAACAGCUUCAACACGCAACACGGAAGCGGACAUGACGAUCAAGUACUCGAAAAACUUGCUCGCCAACACCCCACACGAACAGUCGCCCGCAACACUACAGAACUAUCAGAAGUUGUCGGAAUGUGAGCAGGAUUUAUUGUUGACUCCGUCUAGUGGUGCUAGUUCGGGCGAGUUCAACAGCGAUGCGAAUGGUGGUAGCGGGGGCAGCGCGCAACUGAUAGCGCCGGUGAAUAGCUUGUACAAGCGAUUGUCGUUUGGCGGGCGUGGCAGCAAGAACGUGACGGAUAAUGCAGCCACGCCAACAACAGCGGCAGCUGCGGCUAUUGAGAAUGUCUCUGACUACUCAUCGUCGAACAACUCGUCCUCCUCAGCGUCAUCAACACUGUCGUCGAAAACCACCUCCACAUCCCUUAAGUCCAUCGACUUGCAGCGUACCUCAUCCGCCUCAUCAUCUGGCGACUGUACUCAGACGAAUGUGAACGAACGCAGAAAACAUACAUCUAACAGCAACUCGUCAACAGAGCAUGUUGCCCAACAUACAGAUAAGAAUGGCAACACAUAUCAACUAACACCAGAGCGCGCACAGCGGCGCAAGCUUAUCUCAAUGAUCUCACAUUAUGAACAGCAAACCAAACUACUGCAACGUGAACUAGCCAAGGAGAAACGGCGUCGUAGCGAAGAGCUCGCUUGUGUUGCCAAAUCCUUACUGUGCUUCGAAUCGAAGCUGAAAAAGGAUAUGAAAGCGGUAAAUCAACGUCUUUUCGAGAGGGAUGUUGAAAUAUGUCGUUUGGUGCAACAGAAUCGUGCGCUUCGUAAGCGUCUCAUAAAGUACACCGAAGCAGAGGGUGAGAACACACGUGACGAGGGAGUUGUGGAGGAUGGUGAAGCAGAGACGGAAGUGGAGAGUGAGUGCGCGGAUCAAAUUGAGCGCAGCGAAAAAACGAAGGAAACUCAAAGGCUGGAGCAUGUCACUGAGCUAUCGCCGGCGUACAGCGACCAACAAUUGCUAGCUGACUGUUUGGUACUCGAAGCUUUGCAAUGCAUUAAUUGCAAGAAGCAAUUCUAUGACAUUGAUUUAAACGAUAGCUGGACGCAGAACACAACGAAAGAUGGAUCAAGAAAAAAUGUUGACCACACCACUGAACACGGCUCAUCGAGUGAUGAUACAGUCUCAUCGUCGUUUUACGGAGCCCGGCGCAGUGUACGCUAUACCAGCAAACGCACCUCCGGCACUUUCCGCGAUUACAUGCGUUCGCGUGCGAUGAACAUCGAUGACCCGGCGUUGGAUAACAAUUCAGAGGAGAAUACAAGCACUAUAAGUCGUGACGACUCACAGACCAGCUACGAGAAGCUCAAUAUUUACUCGCGCACCAUGGAGCGUCUGCAUGGCGUAAAGGCCGAAAGUGAGCGGGAGUCGGAACAAAGCUGCAUGGAGGGUACAGUGAGACCUGCCUCCCGCCUAAGCUGUAAAAGCGUAAGCAGCGGGAGCAGCAAUUGCAGUAGACAGAGCCUUAAGGCGCCAACUCCGCAAAUAGAAGAAGAUGACGGCAUAUUUUCACCCACACAGGAUGACGAUUUCGAAGAACCAGAAGAACUCGGCGAACGGAGCAUUAAAAUUGUUAUGCGUCGAACAACCGAAUUCUCCGAAGCGUCCCCCAAGCAGGUGUACGAGACCUCCACCGAUGAUUGGUAUGCUAGCGCCUCCGAUCAGGAAGAAAUCGCAACAACAAUCGAUGCCAAGUCUUAUGCCAAUGGCGCUGUUAAUCCAGUGCUGGAAUGUGUCAAUCAGAUAUUGCUGCAGCAGUCUAUGGAGGAGCCUUUAGCUGAGCGUAAGAAUCAAGCAGCUACCAAUCUAACUCCAUCUUUGCAAGCAAGCUACAGCAAUGCCGCAGCAACCGGCAAUUUACCACGUCGCAGUUCGCUAAGUGGUAGACGCAGCUCUCGCAGCAAUAGCCGCUCCAGUGACGGACAACCAUCACGUAAUGGCACCUUAACACGCAAACGGGUGCACUUCUCCACCAAAAACAGUAUGGUACAUGUGCCGCGCAACGACGAGCAUGACGAGGAGGACGAAGACGCCAAUGAUGACAAUACAACACAAGACACGCAAGACUCUAAUGAUGCAAUGAUCUCAAGCCUAGCCCAAUAUCAUCCGAUGAGUUAUUAUCCACAAGCUGCACAGCAAGCGGCAACAGCUAAAGCCGCUGUGGGCACUAUUGCACGUGGCGGCAUGCUUGCCGAAGUGAGCGAACAAGAACGCCUCGAAACGCUAAACUACGAAAGUAUAUAUAGCAACGAAUAUGAACCAAUUGGAUCCGAGCAUAAUUCCUCAAAUCUCUAUGUCGACAUGGAGUCAGCCACUAAAUCAACGACAGCAAUAAAUGUCAAUUCAAACGGCGCUACUGGCAUCAGAGAUGCAAAAGUGGCAAAAAUGCCACCCGCUUUGCCACCGAAACCAGCAAAUCUGCUUAAGUUCAAGAAAUCCCUACAACAACUUGAUGAGUUACCCGACGAACAUCUACACCAGGAUGCGCCCACCACGGUCGAGCCAGACUACUGCUCUAUAUCCGAAGUAAAUAUGGGCAUAACGAGCGUACAAAUUGUAGCCGAUGUGCACAAAGUGCCCGAGUCAGAAGUUGAUUUGGAAUCUAACUUUGAGCUGGAAGCACCCAUCUCCGAAUUGGAUGUAGAGGUGUCGACAGUAGCAUCUGACGAGACAUUCGCUGUCUCCCAAAAGACUGAUGAAAUCGAAGAAAUCUUUGCCGAUGUACCAAAACUACCGAAUGUGGCGGCGAUUAUUGCGCCAAAACAGGCCAAAUAUUCAGGGCGACCGCAACAACUACAAAGUCCCCAGCGCACCCUACCUCCAAGCGACUAUCUAGUAAUGUCACCCAAGGUGGAGACAUCUAAUAUGAAGUUACAAAAUGCCCGCAGUGCCACUAUAUUAAAUAGCGUCUCGACGACCAAGCAGCCGAUUAAUUGUAAAAGCUCUCCAAACAAUGUCGAUAGCACGCCAAAACCGCCUGUAAAACCUACUACCUACGACUACCUAAACACACCCAUUAAAGCCGCUAACCGCCCUGAUAACAGCGCGCUAAAACUGCACCUACACACCCCCAGUCCACUGCAAUACAAACGCAAGCACAUGCCGAACAUACUUGCCGAAAUCAAUAAGCGCAUGAGUUUGCCGAACUCGCCCACGACACCCAACGCUAGACUCACCUUUGCAACGCCCCCUAAGUCGAUGGUAUCUACUAUGAGCAAGUCAACUAUGCAGCAGAAGCUCGACGCCAGCACACUUCCAAAUAUGCCAAUGCACGCUGAAUUCGAUUGGUAUAAUUUGGAUGCUGAAUAUGGCAGAACCUCGAACUCGUUGCCACAGCCCGAACUACAUAAAAUAAGCGAAUCACUUACUAACGGCACCAUACUCGCCGGCAUACACGAAGAUGGUGAGAGUGUCGCCGCCGCAGCUGAUGAAUACAAUUUAGAUGAAGAAUUCUCGCUGACCGGCGAUAAACCAGACAUAUUAUGUGCAUCCAGCAGUGAACAUGACAUCGAGAGUGCCGAGGAGAGGAGUGAAAUAAGCGUUGUGUAUAGUACAAAACCAAAACUGCCACCAAUGAAACCGCAGGCCACUACAACUGAUAGUGCGAAACUUGAGAAUGUGACUACUUUGAAUGCCGCCAUCUGUGAGGCAGUAAAUUUUCCCAUGUUCAGCGAAAGUUCACCAAUGGUUGCGCUGUCGCCGGGAAUAGUACAUCAUCAUGCCAAGGCAAAGAAGAUUAAAAAGAAUUUAGCUAACUUUGAGAAGUUCAUUGAAGGCUCCGGCUUGAGCACAAAACCUCUACCGAGUAAACGUAAAAUCUACUUCGCUGGACCGUUUGUGUGAUCAAAAUAUGGAGAGAGCAUAGAAUGAGAGGAAGAGAGCACUCAUUGAGCGUUGGGGAAAAAAUUAAUGAGGAAAACGAAACAACGAAAUGACGUAUAGGAAAUAGCUACGGGAGUUUAUUUAAUAUUGAAUUCGCCAGCUUAAGUGAUCUACAAAGUAUACUGAAAGACGAUGUCCUAGGAAUUAUACAAAAUAGUAGUUAAAAUAAAUGUUGUGUUUUGCAUUAUUUUUUGCUUACUUUGUAGUGUGAAUAAUUUUAAAUAUGUAUGAUCUAAAACUAGAAAUUAUCUUGAGUUUUUAAUUAAAAAACUUUAAUCUCUCAUUUUUUUUAUUAUUUUAAAUGGUAUUUCAAUUAAG